AUGGGUUCACCGAAGAAGAGGAGAGGCAAGAAGAAAAGGGCUGAAACCGAAAUCCCAGUAGAAGAUGAUAAUAAUUUUGAUAAUUAUCGCACUUUCAGGACUCUCCUCAGAGCAAUUCAAUCCCCUCAGGGGAUAAAACCACCGGUCUUGAAAAGUUUGUAUCUUCUGCUUGUUCAUUUGUCUUCAAUCCGACAAUGGAGUGUCAAAUGUGCAGUUGGUUUGAACGACUUUGACCUGGAAAUUUACCACGAAGGGAUCAAAGUGGCAUUCGGAGAUGUAUGUAGACUCUCUGAUGUACUAUUUAAAGAAAUAAAUGAGAGGUUUAAGCACUUCUUAGCUUUAUGUGAAAACCUUGCAAGUAAGAAUUUCGAAGAAGUUAGCUCCCACUCGGAUUUGUUGGAUGCUGCUGAAAUAGUGAAUUUGCUGUUGAGAUGUUGCCUAGUACUGUUGAUUCUGCUUGUAGCCCAACAAAAUCUUUUUCUGGAGAAAGGUCUCAUUCUGUUCAGGAUACUCAGACAAUUGAGUUCACCAAAUUCGCUUGUCAGAAAGGAGAAAAGUGCAUUUAACUUUGAGAAGUCAGUUUCUCAUGAGUGCGCUCGCGGUGACAGUAACUGUACAACAUCCUAUGCUGAAGACUUUACUGCCUCCUUUUACAUUUUAGAACCAUCUAAUCUUUACCUCUUUUUCCAAUCAGCAAUGCUGGAGGUAUUUCUAGACGAGCUUUCGAUUCAUGGGCAACUAAGAGGGUACUUUAAGCUGAUUGAUUCUGUUGCGUCUAUUGGAGAAAAGCUGUUAAUUUCUCAUUCUACUCAGGGUGAUAUUGGGGUUGUAAUGGAAGUGAUUUGUACUCAUUUUUUAAAAUCAUUUUCUGAUGAGCUUGCAUUUGAAGGUUUUCUCGUCCGAUUAUUUGGCAUAUGUGCUAAAGAACUUAGAUAUUCGUACAGAGCUCCAGAAAUAAGUCUGGUUACUGCAGCAUCAUUACUUCUCAAUCCUAUCAUGAUUUCUGCUCCAAAGUAUAUGCAAGCUCAUCUGAUUUCUUUGGUUUCUGAAGCCAAUUAUAUGAUAGACAUAGAGAGCCCGAAACCAGACCGUAAACUUAUGAACUGCUUCCUGUCAGUUUUUGAAAAAUCAGUCGUUUUGUAUAUGAAGCACAUGUCUAGUUUGGAAAUAGAUGGCUAUUCUCUAAGUGGGGUAGGUUGUGAUAAAUCUAAUAUAUCAGACGAAAGACUUCAUCCAUUGUUUGAAUCCUAUAUAUUGCCUGAGACAAAGCAGAAGAUCAAUACUCUAAUAUCAAGAUUAGAUGAUUCAUCACGUCCAAAAUUGCAUGGCAUUUUCAUUAAAAUGAAAUCUGAUCUUGUAAGUUCUGCCAUGACAUUUGUGAAGGAGAUGCAAACUGUUUUUGAGGUAUCAUGUCGAGAUGAUAUUUUAGCUAUCUUAAGUUGCUUAAUUCUCAGAGCUUCUGAAAGCUUCAAUGACACUGCAAUACAUUCAAUUGAGGGUACAAGUCUGCAGGAUGUAUAUCUUCUUGCUUCCUUAUUGAAGUUAAUGAGCACUUCAUUGGGGCAAGCCGUACAGCGUCUCAGACAGGGUGAUGAUUUAGGUUGCCUGAAAACCUUGAAAGAUUUUUCUUCAUGUAAGGAGUAUGAUUUCAUUAUGGGCAUAAUCACUACUUUCAGAAACUUUGGCAUUCAGUUACCCACCCAACAAGUUCUAUCCAAUGAGAUGUCGAGCCAUGUUACAACGCAUACAGUUUCUAAAAUGAUGUUUUUGCAUUUUUAUGGCUUGAUGUCCUUGAGCUUUGUUAGUGGGCUUGAUUGUUUAGUUAAGGGUUGCUUGUUGACUAUUAUUGCCAUAUUGAAUUUAUUUGUUUUCGAAGAGGGUAGUUUAGAUGCACUGCAGUCGAUGGUUGAUUCCAAUAAAGAAUCCUUUCCAUCUGGAUUGCUACAUGUCAAAUUCCAGGAGACUGUAGUGGACCAAAACUCUAGCCUAGUGGUUGCAUCAAAAUUUCAGAAGACAAGAACCCUGUAUUUGAGGGAUUCUCUGGCAAACAAAAGUAAAGAAACAGGAGAUUUAAGUGCACCAGACAUGGAGGGUGCCAUAGGGUUGGAAGAGGAAACAGAGGAAACAAGCAAUGGGAAAAUCUUUUUUAAGUGCUUGUUAAAGGAGGGAGAGAAAAUGUCUGAUUUUGACGAUUUAGCUGAUUUUGUUGAGUGCAAACAGGGAAAAGAUUACUCAAAUUGGUUAAGGAAUCGUUACAGAUAUAGAAAGUGGAAAUGUGAGAAAAUGGCCGUGUUGAAGUGGAAGAAGAAGAAAAAAACUUGGAGAACCUUUAAAGGGAAGAAGAUUGGAGUCAGUUUAUUUUGA